AUGGCCGAGAAGAAGCCGGAGGUUCCGCAACUUGGUGCGAAGAAUUGGGUGAGAAUAACGCUUACUGCCGCGAGCGUGAAGCCUUUGGAAUUAGUGUCAGCGGAUCUCAUCAAACGGGCCAAGGACCAAAACCUUCGAGUCAAGGGUCCCGUUCGGAUGCCCACCAAGGUACUGCGUAUCACCACUCGAAAGACUCCUUGUGGUGAAGGCUCAAAAACAUGGGAUCGUUUCCAGAUGCGUAUCCACAAACGAGUGAUUGACUUGCUUUCCACUGAUGAAGCAGCCCAGCAGCUGAAACACAUCUACCUGGAACCCGGUGUAAAUUGUGACGUUAAAGUUGCGGGCGAUGUUUGA